GCAAAGGCCACUAACAUAAACCGUUCGAGUAGUAUGACAAAUGACAUGACAUAUGACAACGACAGAUCAAAAUAAACGCUUAUUUCGUUCCAUAUUCACGUUGGUUCAAUUUCGCCGAUAAUUCAACGUUUUCUUUAAUUCCCCUCAAAAUCUGAUGGAAAGAUGGUGAAACUUACGGCCGAAAUAAUUCAAAAUUCCAUGCAGUGCAUAAAUCCUGUCAAGGAUCGCGAAUUGGAUCUCAGAGGAUAUAGAAUUCCAGAAAUCGAAAAUCUAGGAGCAACCGGGGAUCAAUUCGACACGAUCGAUUUCUCAGAUAACGACGUUAGGAAGCUGGACGGGUUUCCCUACUUACCUCGUUUGAAAUGCCUUCUAAUGAACAACAAUCGUAUAGUUCGCAUAGGCGAACACCUGGAAGAGUACAUCCCGAACUUGGAGAGCCUUAUCCUUACGGGCAAUCAAAUGGAAGAGCUUGGCGACAUCGAACCGUUAGUUACUUUAGAAAAACUUACCACCUUAAGCCUAAUGUUCAACCCUAUUACAGCCAAACAGCACUACAGACUGUAUGUUAUAUAUAAACUUCCCCAAUUGAAGUUGCUAGAUUUUCGAAAAAUAAAACUUAAAGAAAGAGAAGAAGCUAAAACGCUCUUCAAAAGUAAAAAGGGUAAAGAACUGCAAAAGGAAAUUAUUAAAACCGCAAAGACUUUCGUGCCCGGCGGUAAUGCUAAUAACGUGGCGAAGAGCAAAGGUUUAACUGACGAGGAAAUUAAGCAAAUUCGAGAUGCCAUCAAGAAGGCCGGUUCGCUUGCUGAGGUCGAGAGGUUGCAGAAAAUCCUGCAAUCUGGGCAGAUACCCGGAAACGAAGCCAAUCAUCAACAAAACGGCACAAACAGCAUGGAUUACGAAUGAAUUGAUUUUGGUAAUGUAUUAAUGGAUAUUUGAUUCAUUUUUCCGUUUCAUUUCGAUGUAGAUAUAAGCAUAAGAUAAGAACAUUGUAUUACACGAUACUGAAUAAAAUUUUUUGGUUUACUGCCAUAUGGGAAGCGAAGGUUUUCAUUUGAUACAAACACGUUUUAUAAUCUAUUUGGAUUUUUUUAUUUGAAAAUUAAAUAUCAAUCAUCAAACAAAUCUGUUGUUUCAUUUUUU